CGCCGACGGCAAGACGCCGUGAUUUGACAGGUCAUGGGGGCCUGUUUCGGCCGAUGUUUUGCCAAAGUCUCCGACUCGUUAUCCUACAGGUUGUAUCGCAGGCAUACCAGCAUGUCCUGCCAAGGAGACGAACAAGUUGAGUUUAUAGAUGGAGAAGAAGAUAGAGAACAACCUAAAGGAUCAAAAACUCUGUUAUCGUUUCUCUCCUUAAAGCAAUUUAAGAAAAAACAUGGAGUUCCUGUGACUUUAGAGUUAUUAGACGAAGGGGGAUGGCAAAGAGGUUCCAACAAAUAUGCCAGAUUAAAUUCUAGAAAUGAUCCUUCAACAAGUUCCGGUUUAGACACCCCAUUACAAAUACUUGAUGUUCGAAAUUUGAUGAAACAACAAACUUGUGUUUCUUCGACACCUGGUUCUUCGUUAGAUCUUGAAUGGGAACACGAAGGAUUGCCACUGCCAGUCAUGGAUAAUGAUAAAAUUAGUACCGAUGAAUCACAAACUUCAAUUAAUAAUAGUCAACCUUCUAGUUUGACAGCAUCUCCCUGGUCUAGAGUAUCAACACCAAACAGUUUAGAAUGGGAUCCUGUAGAAGCUGAUAUGGUAUGUGUUGAUAUGGAGACUGAACAGCUUUUGACUGAAAUAGAACGAUUAACGGAUAGGGCUUUAAAAGAAACUGGAGAAUGGACUAAUGAUAGCUGAUAAAAGAUUCAUUUGUAUUUAAGAGGAUUGUUUGUAUUUUUCUAUUAUAUAAAAUAUACAACACAUGGGGGAGGGGGGAGGGG